AGGUUAUAAAAACCGACAUUCACUGCUCUUCCACACUCUCUCAUGUCAUCCAACCAAAAGGAAUCCCACAUCAAGCCUCAACUGUUGUGUAUUUUCAACUCCUUCCAUUAUCAAUCUCCAUUCCAAAAGAAUAUCAGAAUCAAAACCCAAAAACCCUCUUUAUAAUCCUGCUUUUUUUUUCCAUAAUUCCUCAUCUUUCUUCCACCGCUUUCUGGGUUCCCGGCGGCUGUGAUGGGUGUGAGCACCAGGUGUUCCCAUACUUCCCAUAUCACCGAGAUCAUCAUCACCAGCUUCUUCCGCCACAAGAUUUAAACAAAACCCUUGUUUCAUAAUUCCAUAAUAUCUCAACUUUUUAUUAAAUCCAAAAUUGAAUUAAAUCAGGGCCUGCUAUCUGAUUUUGAUUUUGAUUUUCAAACCCACAAAUAUUUAUGGUUGAUUAAGUGUUGAUUUCCGAGUUUUUAGUGGGUGUUGCCAUGGCGGCUCGAAGCUUUCUUUAUGGUGGUGGCGAUGCCGGCGGUGGUGGUGGUGGUGGUGGUGGUGGCGGCUCUGUUCUGCUGACGAAUAAAAGGGUUCAUUGUUCUUCUUCUCUUAACACUGUUGAUUCCUUCCUCCUCCCACGAUCGUCUUCUUUCCAAGGUUCUAGAUCAAUGGUUAGCUUUGAAGAUAGAGGGAAUGGAUCUGGGGCCCAAUUUUUUCAGUCAUUUGAUCACGAAGACAACGGAGAUGACGAAUACGAUGAAUACUUUCACCAGCCGGAGAAGAAAAGGCGGCUCACAGCUGAUCAAGUUCGGUUCUUGGAGAAGAGUUUCGAGUCAGAUAACAAGCUCGAGCCAGAAAGAAAGAUGAAGCUAGCCAAAGAUCUCGGCUUGCAGCCUAGACAGGUUGCGAUCUGGUUCCAAAAUCGGCGUGCACGUUGGAAGACUAAACAGCUAGAGAAAGACUACGACGGUUUGCAGGAAAGCUACAACAAACUCAAAGCUAAUUACGACGAUCUUGUUAAAGAGAAGGAAAAACUAAAAUCCGAGGUUCAAGAACUAAGUGAUAAGCUGCAACUACAAGAAAAGGGAACCUCGGAUUCAUCUAGUACUAAAAGCCCGUCUGAGCCACAACGAUGCCGACAGAUUCUCGAUGAAGAUGUGUCUAAAAACAUGAAGACAAACGGAGAUCAUUUGAGUGCGAAAAGAAUCGGAUUUGAAGACGGGGUCCACACGAUAUCGUUGUUAGAGCGAGGGGAUUCAUCGUAUGUAUUUGAACAAGACCAAAGUGAUGGAUCCGUGGAUGAAGUAGAAAACUUCAGCAAGAUUUUUCUACCUUCCGUGGAUGAAUUAAAGAUGGAGAACUCGGAGUACCAGGACCCACGAUCAGGGAAUUCAUACUAUCUUGGGCUACCUGGAGAUGAUCAAGCCUUUGGAUUUUGGUCUUACUGAGUCAACUCAGUGGUGCAUAACUCUGUUAAGUGCUCUUGAGGUUCCAGCAAUUCUGGAAGGGAAUAUAUCCAACUUCUUGAUAGUGUUGGUUUUGUGUUUUACAAGUCGUUAUUUCAUUUUAAUGUUUAUGUUGUCUGUUAAUGUUGUCACCUUAUAAAUAAGUCACAAUGAUUGUGUUCUUAUUGUAACUAAAUUGCUUCAUAAUAUUACUUGUAAACUAUGUUGGAUUGGUCAUGAAUGUUGAGGAAUUAUGUAACGAAUACA